UAUUUUGAUAUAAAGUUGGCUGAUGAAGAGUGUACACGAAGAAAAGAAGACAUCAUCUCCUGAUAAAGCCCCGAAUGCCCCAUGACUAAAAGGAAGAAAAAUAAACUUAAGAAAGACAAAAAACAAUGUUCCCAAAUUCUACUCAAGCAGCACAAAAAGCUGAGGCUCUAUUACGACCGAAGCAAGCCUGGCACAAGCAUUUGAGUACGAAUUCUUAACCCAAUACGAUCUUGAAACUAGCUCCUAUGGGAGUGCUAAAAUGAUUCAAGAAAUCUCAAACGAAGACCUGAGCUCCAUUGAGAAUCAGUCUGAAAAAUCUGUCAGUGGUGCUAUCCCUGAUGACUAUCAGGCAUACAUUGGUAGGAAAGUAAGUAGUAGUAAAAUAAUCGGAACAAUAAUGAUGACCCCAGACAAAAAGACGUCUCAUUCAACAAAAUGAAUGCCCAUCUUGAACACAUUGUUUGCCUCUUCUAAAGAGGAAUAAAGUCCAGUAUAAUCUUUAUAAUCUGUUUACAGUA